AAAAUACUCGAAAACUCAGGGAGUCAGGGUUAGCUAAAAAUUUAUUUUAAAAUCCAGUUAAAAUUAAGUUCAAUUGCAAAGUUCAGAUAUGCACCUCCAUAUUCCAAGUUUUUUGUUUAUCGAGUUCUAAUUGCUAAACUCCUCUCGCAAUUUCUCCAUAUAAUCUUCGAUUUGUUAGUCCAAAACAUCAAGCUAAACUCCAAAUUUUCAAAAUCCUCGUGCUUUGGGGCAUCUCCGAGGGUUUAUUUAACGGGGAGCACCGCAUAUUGAAAUGUUGCAAAGUCUUCCCCACCAGGCUAUACCGUCGCCUGCUAGGCUCGGUCUUUCAAAUCCUAAUUCGCCUGCUCUUCAGAGCCCCAGUGCAGCCAAGCCUACAUCACAAGCAACUCAGUCAAACCAAACCCAGCAGCAGUUGACCUUGUCAGCCCCAAAAACUACCUCAUCCACUCUUCUUUCACUGCUACCUCCUCUCCAAAAAGCCCAAGCGCUUCUUCUGCAGAUGGCGUCUUUGGCUGCCAAACUUUUUGAGGUCUCACCUAAUCGUUCUGUCUGGCUCAGUGCCUUCCGUGGUUCUCUUCCAACGUUCCUUCCUUCUCAAACCCAUUCCAUGAGCACACCCCCACUUGACUCCCCUACCUCUACACCCAAAGAAAUCGUUAACCUUUUCACAUCCCUUCAAACUCAGUUAUUUGAAGCAGUUGCAGAACUACAAGAAAUUCUUGACCUUCAUGAUGCUAAACUAAAGUUGAACCAAGAAAUUGAGGCCAAAGAUUCUGCAAUUCUUACAUUUGCUAAGAAACUCAAAGAAGCCGAACAGGUUCUUGAUGUUCUUGUUGAUGAUUAUGCUGAUUAUCGCCGUCCGAAACGAUCAAAAUCAGAAGGUUCAGAGACUUCUUCCAGUACUAUUACUGUUGCAUCUCAGUUGAAGCUGGCAGAUGUCAUAUCAUAUGCCCAUAAAAUCAGCUAUACAACCUUUGCACCUCCUGAGUUUGGUGCUGGUGGUCCGCUACGUGGUGCUCUCCCUCCAGCCCCACAGGAGGAUCAAAUGCGAGCCUCGCAGCUGUACGCUUUUGCAGAUCUAGACAUAGGUCUACCCAAAACACUGGAGGACAAGGAGAAGACAAUAGAACCCCUUAUUGAGGCCCCUGCGGAUCCGAUGGCUGCAAUUAAGGAACUCAUGCCUCCAAAUGUUACAGUCCCACCUGGCUGGAAACCGGGUAUGCCUGUGGAACUGCCUAUGGAUAUACCACUACCUCCUCCUGGAUGGAAGCCUGGGGAUCCUAUCAAUUUACCCCCAUUGGAAUCUCUUGCUGCGGCUGCUAGAGCUGGUGAGCGGAUACCACAAACUGUUGCCCCGCCUAUGUUUCCAAGAGCACCUGAAACUAUACAGGUGCCGCAUAUUCGUAUUGAUAUUCUAGAUCAAGAUGAUGACAGUGACGAGUAUACUAGUGACGAGGGAACCUCUGAUGAUGAAGAAUAAGGGUAUGCUUGAUUCAUAGGAGUUAGUGAAUGGGAAUGAAAGUGCCCUGCUUGGCUUGUAAGUUUGGGACGAAAUAGAAGAUGAUCUGGAUUGGGCUUUGGGAAACCAUGUUAACUUCAUUAAAUUUAUGUUCCUAAAAGUUCUCAUUGUUGAUUGUACCACUGUAUUUAAAAAAUGACAGGCUAAAAAAGUAACGCUUAGUUUGUAGUGAUGGAAGUGGAGGUAAAGGAAAGCGAGAUUUCACAACACUAACAAUCCCAUAGCAUUAAUCUCAGAGAUUAGGAUCGAUUAUAUAAACCAAUAUUAAUGAUUUCACAUGUAUU